CUCUCUUUCUGUUUCUUCAUAUUUCUCAAUUCUCAGUUUUAAUUGCCUAAUAGGUACUCAUACUCUGUUUCAACACUCCGUUACUGCCACCGCCUCAAUAUACUGGUGACUGCUCUCAGUCUCACUGCCAUCGCCUAAUCCUCCACCAGCUGUCGCGUGUCUGUUCCCGGCCUCCCUUUCAUCUUGCCUGCCAGCUGCCGCCUGCGUGCGUCCACUGUGCACAACUGCACAUCUCAAUCUUUGGUUUUUUUUCAGAUCAAGUGAUGGAUCCAAAUUUGAUCGUUCCCCAAUCACCUGAAAAGGCUAUGGCUGCGUCUGAGAACGGGAAUACUUCUGAUUCAACCUCAUACAACCAGUGUGCUGCCACUGCUCUAGAGUCCAUCAUAGGGGAAGAUGUUUACAAUCAACCUACUAGCUUUUACAAUUAUCAUUAUCCAGGCUACAAUGGGUGUGUUGGUCAAUCAGAUGAUAGAGGAGAUCACUCAUCUAUGGGUGCACAGACAAAUCACAGUUCAAUAGGUGACUACAUGACUGGAUAUAGUCCUUAUACUACAGGAACUUAUGCCGGUGCUGAUGGGCACAGUGUUCGUCAGCCAUAUCUUGCACCAGUUACUUAUGAGCCUGAAGCACAUCCUUGCAAUGCUAGGGAUUACAAUUCAAGUGGAUCACAUGCUGCCUCUGAGAAUGCUACAUCUAAUCCUUUCCCUGCUACCAAAAGGUCAAAUGGGAUCAAGCCUUCACAACUAUAUGGCCCCAUGAAGAAGCACUCCUUCGUGCCUUCUAGCUCUAAAUCACAUCCUCCUGUUGCUACACCUAAGUUUUUCCAGCCAAGAUUUGAUAUUCAACAUAUUAAACAGAUGAGUAAGUCAGGUUCCUUUUACCCAUCACCUGGGUAUGCAAAUGAUUACCAUCCAGCCGGAAAUUACCAGUCAUCUUCUUUCCAGAAACAAGGCAUAUUUGGAAAUACGGGUCCUAUGGGCUACAAAUCAAAUGGGAAGACGUGGAAUGAAAAUGAUAACUUUUCCAAUAGGAUAAGUGAGUGUGGAAUGUCAUCUGAACUUGCAUGUGGCCCUCGAUGCAAUAUCAAGAGCAAUUUAGAUUCAUCCGAGAAGGAACGAUUUGGUUCAGCAGUGCAGACAGAUAAAUACAACUUGGCAGAUUUCCUGACGGAGUAUGAAGCUGCCAAGUUUUAUGUCAUCAAAUCAUAUAGUGAAGUUAAUGUUUUUAAUUGCAUCAAGUAUAAUGUUUGGUCAAGUACUGCAUAUGGGAACAAAAAGUUGGAUGCAGCGUUCCGUGAUGCAGAGAUGAAAGCCAAUGAAACGGGUGUAAAAUGUCCAAUAUUCCUUUUCUUCUCAGUUAAUGGAAGUGGUCAGUUUGUUGGAGUGGCGGAGAUGAUAGGCAAGGUGGAUUUCAACAAGACUAUGAAAUUCUGGCAGCUUGAUAAAUGGAGUGGUUUCUUUCCUUUGAAAUGGCAUAUCGUGAAAGAUGUACCUAAUUCUCAACUGAGACAUAUCCUUCUCGAAAACAAUGAGAAUAAGCCUGUGACGUUCACUCGUGAUACACAAGAGAUUGGGCUAAAGCACGGGUUAGAAAUGCUGAAGAUCUUCAAGAAUCAUUUAUCGAAGACAUCUCUUCUAAAUGACAUGGAAUUUUAUGAAAACCAAGAAAAGGAAUUGCUGAUGAAAAGAAGCGGCAAUCCUGGUUUUAAUAACAAGAAAAAAGUAUUUACGAAUGAGAAUCUACCUAAGCGGUUGAUGUUGGACGCUAAAGGCGAUGACGAACCGAACGUGGCUGGGGUUGAAUCUCUUGUCAACCUCACCAAUGACUUAUCCCUCAAUUCUGAUUCUUAAGUGGUGUGUAGUACUUAAUUAUCACAAUUUCUUCAUUAAUGAUCCAUUGGUACAUAGUAUUUAGUAAUUAGUAGUGUCCGAGAGGCGAGAGUACAUUUAAUUCUUUCAUUCUUUGAGUUGAUUCAUAGGUUUUCUUUUCUUUUCGUUUCAUUGUUUUGUUUUAAAAUACUUCCUCUAUUAUUUUAAUUCUUUUUUGGUUA